AUGACCGAUGACGGCUCGGACGGCGAGUCCGCCCGUAAUUCGCCUUCCACCCGCAAGCAGAAGCAGUGUAAUGCGGAUGUGCUCGAGGAAACAAACAGUACAUGUAUUGACGUGACGACAGCCGCUAAGGCAACCCGGCCGCUGUCGGCGGCUGAACAGGUACAAACGGUCCACGGAGGGGACGCAGUAACGAUUGUCGCGGAGACGGAAGAGGCGCACUCCGAAGCACAAGAGGUGACGGAGCGGAACCCAACUUUAGAAUUUACAGACCCACAAACCGCCGACUCAGUCAGUGCUCUGGAGCUAGUGACGGAAGAACAAGGAAAUGGCACUCGUAAAAAGGACGCUGUUGAGGCAGCUUCGGUCACAACGGUGGUAAAGAUAGACAAUCCGAAUGACGGCGCGUUGAACCAAGAUGUCCGAAGACGCCGACUCAAAACGCAACCUAAUCUCAAAGCUUCCCGUAACCAAAGCAAACAACAACCAGCACAAGAGGAAGCGACGGCCAAGAACGUCUUGUAUGAAAUCAUCACGGAAAGACCUAAGGAGGUACCUUCAAGUGACAUUAGUGAUGCAAAGCCCCUCGUGCCCGCCAUAACUACUACGGAGUUCCCUCCCCUGAGCGUCGUUACAUCACACCCUUCUGUUCCCGAUUGCGAUCUCCAGAAUAAGAAGCGACCGUUGGAAACGACCGAUGACGGCUCGGACGGCGAGUCCGCCCGUAAUUCGCCUUCCACCCGCAAGCAGAAGCAGUGUAAUGCGGAUGUGCUCGAGGAAACAAACAGUACAUGUAUUGACGUGACGACAGCCGCUAAGGCAACCCGGCCGCUGUCGGCGGCUGAACAGGUACAAACGGUCCACGGAGGGGACGCAGUAACGAUUGUCGCGGAGACGGAAGAGGCGCACUCCGAAGCACAAGAGGUGACGGAGCGGAACCCAACUUUAGAAUUUACAGACCCACAAACCGCCGACUCAGUCAGUGCUCUGGAGCUAGUGACGGAAGAACAAGGAAAUGGCACUCGUAAAAAGGACGCUGUUGAGGCAGCUUCGGUCACAACGGUGGUAAAGAUAGACAAUCCGAAUGACGGCGCGUUGAACCAAGAUGUCCGAAGACGCCGACUCAAAACGCAACCUAAUCUCAAAGCUUCCCGUAACCAAAGCAAACAACAACCAGCACAAGAGGAAGCGACGGCCAAGAACGUCUUGUAUGAAAUCAUCACGGAAAGACCUAAGGAGGUACCUUCAAGUGACAUUAGUGAUGCAAAGCCCCUCGUGCCCGCCAUAACUACUACGGAGUUCCCUCCCCUGAGCGUCGUUACAUCACACCCUUCUGUUCCCGAUUGCGAUCUCCAGAAUAAGAAGCGACCGUUGGAAACGACCGAUGACGGCUCGGACGGCGAGUCCGCCCGUAAUUCGCCUUCCACCCGCAAGCAGAAGCAGUGUAAUGCGGAUGUGCUCGAGGAAACAAACAGUACAUGUAUUGACGUGACGACAGCCGCUGAGGCAACCCGGCCGCUGUCGGCGGCUGAACAGGUACAAACGGUCCACGGAGGGGACGCAGUAACGAUUGUCGCGGAGACGGAAGAGGCGCACUCCGAAGCACAAGAGGUGACGGAGCGGAACCCAACUCAAGAACUUACAGACCCACAAACCGCCGACUCAGUCAGUGCUCUGGAGCUAGUGACGGAAGAACAAGGAAAUGGCACUCGUAAAAAGGACGCUGUUGAGGCAGCUUCGGUCACAACGGUGGUAAAGAUAGACAAUCCGAAUGACGGCGCGUUGAACCAAGAUGUCCGAAGACGCCGACUCAAACCGCUACCUACUCUCAAAGCUUCCCGUAACCAAAGCAAACAACAACCAGCACAAGAGGAAGCGACGGCCAAGAACGUCUUGUAUGAAAUCAUCACGGAAAGACCUAAGGAGGUACCUUCAAGUGACAUUAGUGAUGCAAAGCCCCUCGGUAAAACUAAAACCCGAGAUGUUCGGAAUCCUGCACCAAAAUGA